CCCAUCUACGCCGCACUCCCGCCGGAGCAGCAGAUGAAGGUGUUUGAGCCCGCACCACCCGGCUUCCGGAAAGCCAUCCUCGCCACCAACAUUGCGAAGACCUCCAUCACCAUCCCCGGAGUCAGGUUUGUGAUCGACACGGGUCACGUGAAGUCCCGCGAUUACAAUGCGAGGUUGGGGCUGGAGUCGCUAGCAGUGGUGCCGGUGUCGCAGGCCCAAGCCCGCCAGCGCAGCGGUCGCGCGGGCCGCGAGGGCCCCGGCAAGGCCUACCGGCUGUACACGGAGGCGGACUUUGGGCAGCUGGAGGCAACCACCCCGCCCGAGAUCACCCGCUGCAACAUGAGCAGCGUGGUGCUGCAACUCAAGGCCAUGGGUAUCGACGACGUGGUCAACUUUGACUUCAUGGACCCGCCACCCAAGACCGC